AUGGCGACAGCCUCCGAGGGUGCCGGGUCCGCCUCCGCGAAGACGGAGCGCGUCUACCCGGAAGAGUGCAGGGUGGAGAUGAACGGGAAGCAGUACCGACGGUGCGCGGCCGCGCUCGUGUUCAACAAAAACGGCGACGUCCUCGUCGGCGAGAGGAGCGACCGCCCGGGGUCCUGGGGGAUGCCGCAGGGAGGGAUCGAGGUGACCGAGACCGCGGAGGCCGCGGCGACGCGCGAGCUGUACGAAGAAAUCGGCGUGCGCGUCGGGGACGCCGCGACGGGGCUGCGCUUCGUCGCGUCCAUACCUCCGUCCGACGAGUACUGCUACCUCGCCGGCGGGUGGCUCGCGAAGAAAGGCCUCGCGGGGCAGCGCUUAGAGUUCUCGCUGUUUCACCUCCCGACGACGGAGGACCCCGCCGCGUUCUGCGACCUCCGAGGGUUAGACGGCGAGCCCGCGGAGUUUUCGCGCGUCAAGUGGGCGAGGUUCGCGGAGGUGAUAGAUUCGGUGUGGGAGAGCAAGAGGGGGCCGUAUCUCGCCGCGAGCGAAGCCGCGGCGCCGAUCAUCGCCGCGUGUUUGAGCGGGGAGUGA